AAAUGCCCUUGGGUGUGCAUCACUUCAAGCAAACAGAAGGGAACCUUGCUGAGGGUGGGGUGUCUGGGUGGGGGUGGGGGGCCUGAGCACACUGCAUCCAGCUGAGAGUGAAAUUCCUUGAGAAAACCCCCUUUCUGUCGCACGCAGCACCCACAGCACUCUGAGCCUGCUUGCAGCCCAACGGCCUCUCCGAGAAUGCUACAUUUAAAAGUGCAGUUUUUGGAUGAUUCCCAGAAGAUUUUUGUGGUUGAUCAAAAGUCAUCCGGAAAGGCGCUGUUUAACCUGAGUUGUAGCCAUUUAAAUCUUGCCGAAAAGGAAUAUUUUGGAUUAGAAUUCUGCAGCCAUUCUGGAAAUAAUGUUUGGUUGGAACUUCUGAAGCCCAUAACAAAGCAAGUAAAAAUGGACCCUGGACACCUGCGGGAAGAGCUGACAAGGUAUCUUUUCACUCUGCAAAUAAAGAAGGAUUUGGCUCUAGGAAGGCUUCCAUGCAGUGACAACUGUACAGCGUUGAUGGUGUCUCACAUCUUACAAUCAGAACUGGGAGACUUUCAUGAAGAAACAGAUAGGAAACAUCUGGCACAAACCCGGUACUUACCAAACCAAGACUGUUUAGAGAGCAAGAUCCUGCACUUUCAUCAGAAACACAUCGGUAGGAGCCCAGCUGAAUCUGACAUUCUCCUCCUGGACAUAGCAAGGAAGCUGGAUAUGUAUGGCAUCAGGCCUCACCCCGCCAGUGAUGGCGAAGGGAUGCAGAUCCACCUGGCUGUUGCUCACAUGGGCGUAUUGGUAUUACGGGGAAAUACAAAGAUCAAUACUUUCAACUGGGCUAAAAUCCGCAAGUUGAGCUUUAAGAGAAAGCAUUUUCUCAUCAAGCUUCACGCCAACAUCUUGGUGUUGUGCAAGGACACCUUGGAGUUCACCAUGGCCAGCCGAGAUGCCUGCAAGGCUUUCUGGAAGACUUGUGUGGAGUACCAUGCUUUCUUCAGGCUUUCUGAAGAGCCCAAAUCAAAGCCCAAAACCCUACUCUGCAGCAAGGGUUCCAGUUUCCGCUAUAGUGGAAGAACCCAAAGACAACUUUUGGAAUAUGGGAAAAAAGGGAGGUUGAAGAGCUUGCCAUUUGAAAGGAAACAUUACCCAUCUCAGUACCAUGAACGACAGUGCAGGUCCUCGCCAGACCUCCUCUCGGAUGUGUCAAAACAAGUGGAAGAUUUGAGACUAGCCUAUGGCAGUGGGUGUUACCGAAACGUGAACGGAGUGCACGCAUCUGAGCCGGUGCUAGACAGUAGGAGGAGGAACUCUGCAGUGGAGGUGACGUUUGCAGCCAAGCUGGAGUGUUCCAAACCAGAGGCAGAUCCCAUAUUGUUGCAUCAGUCCCAAAGCAGUUCCUCUUUCCAUUUUAUGUAUACAGACCCUGUCUUCAACACUGACCCUGAUCCUGACACUGACUUCUUUGAGGAGAGAAGUCCUCUAAGUUCCUUCCAAACAAGCUGUAAGUUUGCUAACAAUCACAUGAGUACAUCUUCUGGCCUCACAAGCAAAGUGAGUCCAGCAAGACAGCUAACUUACACAGAUGUGCCCUAUAUUCCCUGUACUAGUCAGCAGGUUGAUAUUAUGCCUCCCCAAGUCUUUUUUUACGUGGACAGGCCACCCCAGGUGCCCAGACAGUCUGCAAUCAUGGCAGAAGAAAGGGAAAAGCCAGACAGCUGUCUAGAGCCCUCUGUAAUGAAACCAGCUAAAAGAAGUCCAAGAAAUAUCAGAAUGAACUUUCAGCGAGACUUUCAAGACCUCCAAGAAGCUAGUGGUGGGAGCAACAUCAGUGUAGAUCUAGAAGAUGAAGACCCAACCUUAGAAGAUGCAUUUGCAUAUAACAUUCAAGAGCAAACCCCUAAACGGUCUCAAAGCCAAUCAGACAUGAAAAGUAUCCAUUUUCCUUUUGGGUCAGAAUUUAGACCUUUAGGGCCUUGCCCUGCUCUAAGUCGUAAAGCUGACCUGUUUACAUAUAUGUUUGCAGAGCAGGAGUUUCCAACAGUUCUAGUGGGUCAGGGUGCAGCAGAAAGGUAUGUAGCUAGUGAAUCCAGUGAUUCUGAAUCAGAGAUUCUUAACCCAGACUACUACUCUUCGUACGGUAAAGCAAUAAAGUCACCCAUGGCCAGAAUCCGUUUGUCUUCUGGUAGUCUACAGCUAGACGAAGAAGAUGAAGAUGCUUCUUUCAACACAUCAACUGCUGAAGACAGGACUUUGCUAAAACCAUGCCAUUAUUUUUUAGCUUAAAACUGUGAACACCAAGAACAUUUCUGGGCCAGUUCCAUAUGACCACCUUAGGUUAAAAAGAAAGGAACCUCUUUGCAUAAACCAUUUUCUUAGUUACUACUCAUUAGCAUUAAAGGAAUCUUCUAAGUUUGAACACCUAGCUUAUCAAAGAACCAGCUGUAGCCCUAUUCCUCAGAAGCUGCCAUUGCUAGAGCUCCACUCUUCUAGCCCCUCUGAAAGGACUCUGGAAACAUGCCCUCUCCCCACUAGCACCACAUAAGGGUGAGGUGGAGAUCUGUCUUCUCCACCACACAUUUCCUCACAGAGACAUUAUAAAUGAAGUUCAGGCUCUUCAACACUGAAAAAUGGCGGCAAAAUGGGUUGGCAUAUGGAAUUGGGUUCUGAUGUCAUUUAGUGAUUCAGUAGAUAUUGACUGUGUGGAUCAUUCUGUUCUUAAAACAAUACUUUUGACUAAAGGUUUCAGUCAUCAUUAUCUAUGUGGGCCCAUUAAAACUGGUCUUGUUAUAUGUUAAGGACUUCAAUUUUCAUAACAUAUAUAUAGGGGGAGCAUGGCCCUCCUACAGCCUCAGGAACAAGGCGGUGGGAUAAAUAUUCUUAACAGAACACGCGCUGAGAAUUAAUCUAGGACUUGGCAGAAUUCUAAACCUAGGAAAUUAAUAAAUUAAAUCAAAUUCUAAAGCCAGUUCUAUGCCCGAUGAGGAUAUUAUGAUGUUUGACUUAUAACUUCUCUACUCCUAAUUACCUAUUAUACGUAGUGAAAGAUAAAAGUUAACAGGCUAGUUUAUCUAAUCUGUCCUGCCAGAUAUAUAUUUUUUGCCAAAUCUUGUUGCAUGUAUGUAAGCAAGGAAAUGAGAUGAAUGUUAUUUUAAUAAAAAGUGAUGGAAAAUCCAUUUAUUUAAGAAAUGAUCUUCCUUUUGUUUCAAUCAAUUUCAGAAAUGAUUGGUUCUGGCCUAUGACUAAGGGAAGAGACAGUUAUAGAACAAGGAAAAGGAGGGAGACAGGUGAAAAUGUAUGGUCAGGGGUGGGGACAUGGUAGAAUUGAGAGUGGCUGAAAAUAAAAAGGAUAGUACUGAAAUCAAGCUGAGUUAAUGAACCAAAAUUCUAUUCUUGACCCAUUCAAAAUUUAUCUACUAUUGCUCCAGAAAGUUAUAGCAUUCUAUCUGAGAAUUUAUUUUGUUUAUUGAUUUUAAGUAUAAUACAUUUACAAGAUAAUGUUAAGUACUAAUUUCAAAGAAAUGAUGCAAUUAUGUAGGCAAGUUAUUUUUUAUAUAUAACUUAAUGGUGAAAAGAUGGAAAAGUUUCAUUACUCUCCUAGUCCUUACAUCAGAAAAUCCCCCUUUGAUGUACUUCAUUCCAUUCCUUUCCUACAUUCUAGUGCUUUCUUUUCUGCUCCUGGCCUCAUAUCUAGUAUCACAGUAAGUUCACCUUCACCCUUUUUCCCAGGAAAAACUCAAAUUCCUUUAUUCUAUAUACUAUUUCUCAUCUCAAUUUCUGGAAACCUUUGCUAGUUUAUAUAUUCCAGGGAGAACUAUAGAGCUCAGAUCUGUAUACGAUAUCCUAAUAAAGCUAUAAUUAGGAUGACCAUACAAUUUAUUGUCCAACGCAGGACAUUUUUAAGUGAAAAAGGACUCUAUUACUAAUUUUGCCAGGACAGGAGGCUGAAAUUGGGGCAGAUGUUCACUUUAGUUAGAAACAAUGCUUAAUAUAAUGUGAAGAAUAUCUUCUAAUUCUCAACUGAAA